UUCUGCUUUCACUGCCGGACUCGGGUACUCCCAGGAUCAUGUUCCUGGUUUACCCAAUGGCGGUGUAACCGGUGGAGCAAAUCCAGCCGAGGACAUCACUGGGAAUCAUAUUCAGCAAUCUGGCACUUCAGCUAAUGUUCUUAAGGUCAACAUUUAGUGUCCAUCUUUCUCGGCAUCCUGCUACCCUUUUCCCUUGUAUUCUCAUGAAAUACAAGGCGCAAGGGGCCAAGAUCAGGGGGCCGAGGUGCAAUGAUCUAGCAUACUCUAAUGACGUGGUCGAAGUAAGUGCAACCGCUGCGGCAAACCACGCCAGAAAGAAGGUCUCGAUUUCUGAAGAAGCAUUGUUGGACCAUUUUCUACAGCUUGUUCGAGAAGGCUGCGAAGCGGUGCUUCAAGGUGGAAUGGAUGUUGAAGGCAGCGACUUAUUUGGUCAAGAAGAUUUUGACAUUGAUGCUAAUGCAGGAAACUUGUUAGGAGAGGUCGAAGAUCUCGAUGAGGUGCCUGACCUUGACCUUGACGAGGACGAUGAAGUAUUGUCGAGCGAAGAGACGUCGGAGGAGGAAGAAGAUUCAGACCUAGACAAGGAUCCGGAGGUCGACAAGCGAAUUUUAGCGGCUCGCCGCGCCCGACGCGCGAAAAAGCGACAGGAACGACUGGCCGCGAAGAGAGCAGCAAAAUCGAAAGUGCAAAAUGUAGAAGUAGAGGUCAAAACAUUUUUGAAGACUGGCCAGAAAAAUAGUACCUCUAAAACACAUUUGCUGGAUGGUGGAUCGCAACAAGCUAUGGAAGAAGAAAUAUAUAUCGAUCCUAUGGAAGGUGGAAAUGCGUCGACUGGUUUGAAAAAACAGCCACUCAAGAAAAAGCAGUCUUUUCUCGAUGGACGCACACUUUUUACCAUUCUCUCCGAAGCAGAAACAGAUCUCUUGACUGCUUACGGCUUGUUUGACUGGUCGCAAUUUGGCUUUGGCACUUUCUCCGAGUUUCUGAAGAAACACGCCCAACGACUAUUACAAAGUUUGCCUGUUGCUUUGGGCUCAGAGCCGCGUAUCAGCGGUGAGAUGGCGGAGACGGCGCGAGCUUUCCUUCGAAACGCAGUUGUAAAGAGUCGUGAGCUCGGAGAUGAAAAUGUGUCGUCAAAUAUGUCGUCAAAAGAUAAAAAUACGGCAUCCUCCACAACAAGGACGAAGAUGUUCCGAAACUUGAGGAAGCAAGCAACCCAAUUACUGUUUUCGCUCUACGGGUUUCAGCGGAACGCGUUUGAAUCUACUGCGGUAGAUAUCGCCAGCGCUGUCGACCAAUGCUUCGUGGGUGAUCGACUUGCUUCAGAAUUUGACGAAGAGGCGAAAACUUCAAGCUCCACUACCUUGAAGGUGUUACCAGAUGAUAACCUCGCAGUUGCACUGGCGGACUACGCAACCUCCAAGGACACGAUGGCUCAGUCUGGACAGGGGAUGGCGUUUGAGUCCUCAGGUGGAGCUACAGGCUCUGCUCAUGUGGCCAAGAUGGAGGAGCAAUUAUCGCGCGACAUCCGACGCGCUGUCUGGGACGUGCCAUUACUGGUAGACGUGGAAACGCACGCCUUCUGUCCAUUAUGGGCAGAACGGUUUGCGCCGGUUUUCGGCUCCUUUGCCGAGUUUCUGGAGCGAGAUAAAAAAUCUUCACUUCUGGGAGCCUCAUUGUCCAAGUCUGGCAGUCGUGCUUAUCAUGAAAGUGGAGGGUCCACCUCUGUAGGCGAUCAUGAGUCAGCGCUUCCGCCACUGCUUCACCUGUCACGGGGUAAGGUUGUUCGCAUUCUCACAUCUGGAGAAGCGACCGCAGCUGCAUUUUCAGCAGCAAUGUCAAAGUUGGAUCUUCGUCGCGCAUGCGCUAUCGUCCUCACUCGCCUUACCAUCGAUCGAGAGCAUUUCCCGAUGGAGCAGUUUCAAGAACUCUCGAAGAAAGCCUUUGAACAAGCUGUCAGUGGUCAUCUUCCGACUGAUGGAGAUGGAAGUAAGAAUCUUGAUCUUCACUCAACUUCGACCAAUGCCUCCACCACUUCACUUCCUGAGUUCCUAGUGCUUGAAGCCACACGCACACUCGCAAAUACGGAUGCGCAACAGCUGCUCUCGUCGCCAGUCUUAGAUGUCUUUGGAAAAGCGUAC